CCUCCAGGGCAAGAAGAACAUGACUCGUCCGUCCAUUCUCAUCAAUUGCCAAUAGAACUCUCCUCUGUUUCCCCCUUCGAUUCUCUGUUUCAGGAUCCCGAAACGAUCUCCACUCUCUCAGAUCACACCAGCUCAAAGCUCUGUUUUUUUUAAAGCUCAAGAUGGAUGCUUCCAAGGAUGAUGACUUCACAUUCUCAAGUGCUGUGCCAUCAGAUAGUGAAGUAUCUCUAGAGGCAAAAGAUCUCGCAUCACGUGUAGACUCUAUCACCCUUAAAGAUGCAUUAGAUCCUCAACGCAGCAACAAGCCUCUGUCUCAAGUUCCCCCCAAGGAAAAAACAGUUGGUUCUUUGUCCUUCACCGUGACUGACUCUUCCUCUUCAUCAAAACCCUCCAACGAAUCAUCAUCUGAGAUUAUCAAAGCUAGAAAGCCUAUAACACGCACCAAAGUCCCCUUCGAAAAGGGUUACAGCCAAAUGGACUGGCUCAAACUCACAAGAACACAUCCCGAUCUCGCAGGCCUAAAGGGGGAGUCGAACAGGAGGCUUAUAUCGAUGGAUGAAGUGAAGAAGCACAACAAGACGGGAGACUCCAUGUGGACUGUGUUGAAAGGACGCGUAUACAACAUAACCCCUUAUAUGAAUUUUCAUCCCGGAGGUGUUGAUAUGCUGAUGAAAGCUGUUGGGAGAGAUGGGACGUUGUUGUUCAACAAGUACCACGCUUGGGUGAGUUAUGAUAUAUUGCUUGAGAAAUGCCUUGUUGGUGUUUUGGAUGAUACCAAAGUGAAGAAGUAAGAAGCGUAAGCGUGAUGGAUUAUCAUAUAUAGAAUUCUUAAGUCAAAUAAGAAUAAGACAUUUUUUUUUAGUGUUUGAUUCUUCAAAUGCAAACGCUGAUCACAUUGAUGUAUUUUUAUUAGACUUAUACGCAACUCUUUGAUGUUAAUAUAUGUUAAAGUUCUCCUGAA